GUUUCCAUGAAAAGCGACUGGUCCAAGGAUGAACCUCCCAGCUUCAGUAAAGAAGAACCGGGAAGUUUUGAGCCAGUAAGACCAGUCUCUCCUGCACCCAGCAAUGUUUCCAUGAAAAGCGACUGGUCCAAGGGUGAACCUCCCAGCUUCAGUAAAGAAGAACCGGGAAGUUUUGAGCCAGUAAGACCAGUCUCUCCUGCACCCAGCAAUGUUUCCAUGAAAAGCGACUGGUCCAAGGAUGAACCUCCCAGCUUCAGUAAAGAAGAACCGGGAAGUUUUGAGCCAGUAAGACCAGUCUCUCCUGCACCCAGCAAUGUUUCCAUGAAAAGCGACGGGUCCAAGGGUGAACCUCCCAGCUUCAGUAAAGAAGAACCGGGGUAA